AGCGAGGGAAACCUUAGCCGUCCGCCCCGCCCACGGAGCCCGCUCUCCAAAGCCUGGGAUUAGGGCCCUGGAGGCUGGCACCACUCCCCGGCCAGGUGUUCCUACCAGGGCCAGGUGCGCCGCUGCCCCGCCCCGGCCCCGGGAGCCCUGAAUAAUGGCCGAGAGCGCGAGGAGCCGGCCGCAGCUGUGCCUAAACAAUACCGGGAGGGCACCCGAGCUGGCAGGUGUCUCCCCACCCUCCCCCAGGGACAGUCACUGCAGGCCUGGGGCGGGGUGGGCAACAGGUGCUGACACAGGAGCCGCACCGGGGGACAAAGUCUACCCGGACAGAUGUCAGCGCCCUCUGUGCGGGCCGAGCUGCGCGGCGUCCUCCGGGCCGCCAGGGGCGCUGCGGCUGCGCUGACACGGACGACGCUGCGAUCCCAUCACGCCUGCGACCCGGUUACUACGCGCGGGGCAGCCAUGGCCACCGCUCUUGCGUUUCGCCACCUGUGCCGAGCGCUACCUUCCCGUCUCUGUCGGCGCGUGGAUCUGCUGUGGAGGACACCUCGACGGGGCCACCGGCUCUCUCCCGCGGAUGACGAGCUGUACCAGCGGACGCGCAUCUCUCUGCUCCAAAACGAGUUCCCUCAGGCUGUGUACAUCGACAGCUACAACAGCAGAGGCUUCACGAUCAACGGAAACCGCGUGCUUGGCCCGUGCGCGCUGCUCCCGCAGACGGUGGUCCAGUGGAAUGUGGGAUCCCAUCGGGAUAUCACCGAAGAGAGCUUCUCCCUUUUCUGGAUGCUGGAGCCUAGAAUAGAGAUUGUUGUGGUGGGCACUGGAAACAAGACUGAGCGGCUUCACCCCCAAGUGCUACAGGCCAUGAGGCAGCGAGGCAUCGCUGUGGAGGUGCAGGAUACGCCCAAUGCCUGUGCCACUUUCAACUUCCUGUGCCACGAAGGUCGAGUGACAGGAGCCGCCCUUAUUCCCCCUCCUGGAGAGACCAUGCCCACUCUGAGUGAGACUGCAGAAUGAAACAGCAGGAACACUUUGCAGAGUGCAGGGGCUCCAGUGCUUUCCCAGCCCCCUGCCUGUUGGCACUUUCAACACCUGUCAUGUUUACCAGGAUAAUAGCUUACAAGUAUCAAUAGCUGAUGUGGCUGUGGACUGGGAGUUUGGAAAUGCAAGGGUUAAUUGUCUUCCACACAGUGUAGGGUUUCUUGCCCUCUGACAGGGUGGGAAGCAGGGUUCUUACUUGCUCAUAUGCAGAUUCAAGGAGACCCCAAUAGCUGUCCUGACCUAACAAGGACUAUACUUUUUAUGGUGUGAUUGGUGUAAAAUUACGUGUAUCUAUUGAA